AAUACUAAAAUCCUAUCUCACUACCUACUCUUGUUAUCUACUUGAAAGAGGAUCAGACCGUGAAGUGUCUUGGCAACAUUGAAAUACUAUUUGAUUAUUUGCUAUUCAUUGCAUUAUUUUCAGUUCACCGAGCAUAACCGUCGGUAGUGGCAGUUGUCUUUAGACAGUGGUUAUGCCUAAAGCAUGAAUUGAAUUAUUUUACAAUUUUUACAGUUAUAGCACUUUACUGAAAUGAAAAUAGUUUCGCUACAGUUAUUUUCGUGUUCUCAUUCCUUAUAUUAACACGGUUUAUUGCGAAUUCAUUCAGAUUAGCUAAACUGUAAUUUCAGAUCAACUAUAAACAGUUUUCACCAAAAUCUUCUAUAAAACUUUAAAUCAACGUUGGAGUUCCUAUAUCCUCAUUAUUAAACCCUGGUACUUAAUUGCGUAAGAUGGUUGAAGUUACAACAGCCAAUUUUACGGAAGAAAUAAGCAACAAUACUCAAACGUUUAACAAUAGCCAAGUACCAGAAGAAGAACCAUUUGCAAAUUUGAAUAGAUUUUGUGGCUCUCGUUUUUGGGAUCAAAAUUUAACAUGGAACACAAAAGAUCCCGAAUUCACACCAUGUUUCGAAAAAACUAUAUUAGUUUGGAUCCCAUGUCUAUUUCUGUGGGCGUUUGCAGGACUAGAAAUAUUCUAUAUAUACAACAGUAAAAGAAGGAAUAUACCAUGGAACUGGUUGAAUUUAUUAAAAAUAGGCGUUACUGCGACUUUAAUAGUUUUAACAGUUAGUGAUAUAGUCACAUCUUAUAAAACAGCAACUGCUAAUGAUAGUUUUGUAAACGAUGUCGACAUAUACUCCCCUUUAUUAAAAAUAUUCACCUUCUUUCUCUCAGGAGUCUUUAUAAUAUAUAACAGAAAAUAUGGUUUACAAACGUCUGGAUUGUUGUUCUUUUUCUGGUUUUUCCUUUCGAUAUUUGGAAUACCUCAAUUCAGAACUGAAAUCAGAAGAGGCAUAAACGAUGAUAUACCAUCAGACCAACAUUACUUCUAUGUUAGCUACUUAAUCUAUUAUCCUUUGGUAGUUUUGAUGUUCCUAUUAAAUUGUUUCGCCGAUAGUCCACCAUUAGAAAGGAAGUAUCCUCAGUCUCAGAAUCCAUGUCCAGAAGAAUCCGCUAGUUUCCUGUCUCGUUUGUUAUUUUCCUGGUUCGAUCCUUUGGCAUGGAAGGGUUUCAGGAAACCGUUGGAAACUAGUGAUUUGUGGGAUAUUAACGUUCAAGAUAGUUCAAGAGAACUAGUGCCGGUGUUUGAAAAAUGUUGGCAGCAAACUUUGAGAAAAUGCGAAAGUACCUCACCAAGCCAAGUUGCCCACGCUAAAUUCAAACCGGAUUCAGCUAGUGUGGAUUUUAUUAGCAGCAAGAAAAAGAAGCAGGCGUCCAUUCUACCGGCGCUGUUUAAAUGUUUCGGUCCCGUAUAUUUGUUUGGUGCGUUGUUGAAGUUAGUUCAGGAUCUUUUGACGUUCGCUAGCCCGCAGAUUUUAGGUCUACUUAUUUCUUAUACCAAAUUUAAACAAGAAGCUUGGAAGGGAUACUUUUACGCAGUUUUACUUCUAGUAACAGCUACGGUUCAGACUCUUUUUUUAGCUCAAUAUUUCAACAGGAUGUUCUUGGUAGGAAUGAGGAUACGUACGGUUUUAGUAUCGACUAUAUAUAAAAAAGCUUUGAGAAUAUCGAACAGCGCUAGAAAAGAAAGUACAGUAGGUGAAAUAGUAAAUCUAAUGGCUGUUGACGCUCAAAAAUUCAUGGAUCUCAUCGGUUAUUUAAAUAUGAUUUGGUCGGCGCCCUUACAGAUCUGCCUUUCCCUUUAUUUCUUGUGGAAGGAACUAGGACCAUCGGUAUUAGCCGGUUUGGCAGUUAUGAUUAUUUUGAUUCCGAUUAACGGCUUCAUCGCCAAUAAAAUCAAGAAAUUGCAAGUUAAGCAAAUGAAGAAUAAAGAUGAAAGGGUCAAAUUGAUGAAUGAAAUAUUGAACGGUAUCAAGGUUUUGAAAUUGUACGCUUGGGAACCGAGUUUCGAAGAUCAGGUGUUGAAAAUUAGAAACAAGGAGAUUAAUGUUUUGAAACAGACCGCCUAUUUGAACGCCGGUACUUCUUUUAUCUGGUCAUGUGCUCCAUUUUUGGUUUCUCUAGUCACUUUCGCUACCUACGUUUUGGUGGAUGAACGUAACGUAUUAGAUGCGAAUAAAGCCUAUGUUUCUAUUUCUCUAUUCAAUAUCAUAAGAUUUCCGCUCAGCAUGUUACCCAUGAUGUUAUCAAAUUUAGUUCAAACGUGGGUAUCGGUUAAAAGAAUCAACAAGUUUAUGAACGCUGAAGAAUUGGAUCCCGAAAAUGUACAACACGAACCGUCUGAAGAACCAUUAACUAUCGAAAACGGAACAUUUUCUUGGGGAGAAGAUCCAAUUUUGAAACACAUAAAUAUCAACAUAAGGAAAAAGACUUUAACAGCCGUGGUAGGAACAGUGGGAUCCGGAAAAUCGAGCUUGAUAUCAGCAUUUUUGGGAGAAAUGGAUAAAAUAUCUGGUAGAGUGAAUUCGUAUGGAAAAGUGGCGUAUGUAUCUCAACAAGCUUGGAUUCAAAACGCCACACUCAGAGAUAACGUUUUGUUUGGUAAACCGUACGAUCAGGCUUUGUACGAUGAUGUUAUCGAGGCGUGUGCUUUGCUACCAGAUUUUGAUAUGCUUCCCGCUGGAGACAAGACGGAAAUUGGAGAAAAAGGUAUCAACUUAUCAGGUGGACAAAAACAGCGAGUCAGUCUGGCAAGGGCUGUAUACUCAAAUGCCGAUAUAUACUUUUUAGACGAUCCACUUAGUGCCGUCGACAGUCACGUCGGCAAACAUAUUUUCGAAAAAGUUAUAGGACCUCACGGUUUACUGAAAAAUAAAACUAGAGUUUUAGUUACGCACGGAAUCACUUAUUUACCACGAACGGAUAAAAUUAUUGUACUGAAGAAUGGCGAAGUGUCCGAAACUGGGACAUAUCAAGAACUACUGGAUAGGAAAGGUGCUUUUUCGGAGUUCUUGUUACAACACAUUACCGAAGAAGCCGAAACCGAAGCUGGUUCUAACGUAAAAACAAAUGAAUUAGAUGAACUGAAAGAUCAAUUGGGCGAUACUCCUCUAUCCGAAGAAGUAACAAAAAAACUAAUAAGACAUCGAUCGCGCGUAUCCGAAUCUCAAUCUGAAACCGGUUCAGAUCACAUCGGUAACGGUUCCGUACAAAGAUUGAACAGCAUAGACAAAACCAAUAGAAAAACCUCGACAGAAGAAAUAAAACGCGGGGAAAAGUUGAUCGAAACGGAAAAGGCGGAAACCGGGAACGUUAGAUGGGCUGUAUACAAACAUUACUUGAAAUCCAUCGGAUUACUGUUUAUGUUGGCUACACUAAUAUUCAAUUUCGUGUAUCAAGGAUUCAGUGUUGGUUCUAAUGUUUGGUUGGGACAAUGGGCCGAUGAUAAUAAAAUCGUAUCGUAUAAUGUAGUGGAUACCGCUCGAAGGGACAUGUAUUUAGGAGUUUAUGGGGCUCUGGGGCUCGGUCAGGUUAUAACGAUACUGCUAGCGUCGUUGGCGUUAUAUGUAGGAUCUUUAAACGCUGCCAAAUCUUUACAUAUAUUGAUACUUAGAAACGUUUUGAGAGCACCUUGUACGACAUUUUUCGACGUCACUCCUCUCGGAAGAGUCUUAAAUAGAUUCAGCAAAGAUAUCGAUACAUUGGAUAACGUUUUACCAAUGACUAUGAGAGGAUGGGUAAAUUGCUUCUAUUCGGUUGUAGGUACAUUAGCCGUAAUCAGUUAUUCGACACCUAUAUUCAUUUUGGUUAUCAUACCAUUAUGCAUAAUAUAUUAUUUCAUGCAGAGGUUUUACGUAGCUACAUCUAGGCAAGUAAAAAGGUUAGAAUCCGUCUCUAGAUCUCCAAUUUACUCCCAUUUUGGGGAGAGCGUUUCAGGUGCCCACGCCAUUAGAGCAUAUAACCAACAAGAAAGGUUCAUUCUGGAAUCUGAGAACAAAGUAGAUUUGAAUCAAAUAUGCUAUUAUCCUGGGAUCAUAUCAAAUAGAUGGUUGGCAGUCAGAUUGGAAAUGUUGGGAAAUUUGAUUAUAUUUUUUGCCGCUCUGUUUGCUGUGAUUAAACAGGAUCAACGUCCAGGGCUUGUGGGUCUGUCAGUUACUUAUUCUUUACAGAUCACUCAAACAUUAAACUGGCUGGUGAGGAUGACUUCGGACGUGGAAACUAAUAUAGUGGCAGUUGAAAGGAUAAAAGAAUACGGUGAAGCCGAACAAGAAGCUCCAUGGAAAUUAUCCAGCGAAAAAACUUCGCCUUCAUGGCCUGAAGUUGGAAAAGUGGAAUUUAAAAAUUAUUCUGUCAGAUAUAGACCCGGUUUGGAUUUAGUUUUACACGAUAUAAAUUUCGAAAUUAGAGGUGGGGAAAAAGUUGGUAUUGUAGGAAGGACCGGUGCUGGGAAAUCGAGCUUGACAUUGGCGUUAUUUAGAAUUAUAGAAGCCGCACAAGGAAAUAUAUUGAUAGACGGGGUUAAAAUAAACGAAUUGGGUUUACAUACGCUACGUUCGCGCUUGACAAUCAUACCACAGGACGCGGUUCUCUUUUCGGGAACAUUACGGAUUAAUUUGGAUCCUUUCGAUAAACACAGUGACGAAGAAGUUUGGAAGUCUUUGGAGCAUGCGCAUCUUAGAGAAUUCGUUAAAGGUUUGCCGGCCGGUUUGAACCACGAAGUUUCCGAAGGAGGUGAAAAUCUCUCCGUCGGCCAAAGACAAUUGAUCUGUCUUGCUAGAGCUUUACUGAGAAAAACGAAAAUUUUGAUAAUGGACGAAGCAACCGCCGCCGUCGAUCUCGAAACCGACGAUCUCAUUCAAAAGACAAUCAGAACCGAAUUCAAAGAUUGCACCGUACUUACGAUAGCUCACAGAUUGAAUACCAUCAUGGAUUCGGAUCGUAUCAUCGUAUUGGAUAGGGGUAACAUAGCGGAAUUCGAUUCCCCAGCUAAUUUAUUGGCCAACGAUAAAAGUUUAUUUUACAGUAUGUCCAAAGAUGCCGGAUUAGCUUGAAAUGUAAGCUAAAUAAAAAAUUUUCUUUCGGAGUUCAAUCGUUUAUUUUUUUUUUUGGUUUUGUGUAUUCUCAUUUAUUUUUGUCGGUUUUAAAAAUUUAUUCUUAUAUAUUUCCAAUUGAAAAAAUUCCAUCGAUGUAGUCGAAUAUUAUUCUAUUGAAACUACAUCUCGCCCUAUUGAAGUAUGUAUGUAUGUCAUACAUAUGUCAUGUUUGGGGUGUCAUAUACGCUGCACCCCAAAGGAUUUAUUGUGUCUCUUUUUCUAGCUGUGACAUUGGGGAUGAUCAAUAUCACAGCCGAUCUAUUAACUCCAGAAGGUUCAGCAAGCUGCCAAAUAUCUUCUAUUUAUAUACUUCCUGGUGUAAUGCUCUGGGUCUUUGUAAUAGACCUGCACAUCUACCAAACCCAGUUCUUUCAGUAUCCUUCGAUGCGACAAUGCCGCCAUAGGAUUUCUGUUAUUAUUUUAAAUUGUUUCCAUUUAGGAUGAUAUGUUCCAUAGAUUUUUUUUGGUUCUAGUUUCCCAGGUGUAUCUUUGUCAAUCUCAACUCCUCUAAAUUGUUCCAGUAAUUUUUUUCUUAUCUGCCUCCUUUUCUAGUCUAUUUUCAUGUAUAGCCGAAUACCCAGAAGGGUUUAUCCGCCCAUACUUGGUGAGGUAACUUUAUUAUUAAUUAAUAUGUGUGAACCUAAUCAAACUUUGUAUUUUUUUUGUUUAAAAAAUUUUGGGUUGGCUUCUCUAUAUGUGCCAAAAACACCAAGAAGAUAUGAAGCUUAAAUUCUUAAUUAUAACAAAAUAAAUCAAAUUUUAUUUUAAAUAAAACGAUUUAAUUCCGAAAAAAUUAUAGUUCGAGACAUAAACAUAUUUUAAAAUUCGAAUUGUCAUAUUUUUGUACUUAAAUUUGCUUUAGAGUUUUUUUCUAAUUCGCCUUUAAAUAUAUACUUAAACAAGCAACUUAAAUUGUGAUCUUACGAAUUGAUAAUUUGAAAUACUUAAAAAAUUACUUGAAAAUAAGUAAGAAACAAUUUGCAAACAUCAGUAUUCUUGCCAAUUUGUUUGUAAAUAGUUACAUUUUAUUGUUACACACAAUAUAAAAAUGAAAUACAAAAUGGUUUUGUAUAUUUUUAAGAGUUCUCGUUUGUUUAAUAAAUGUUCAAAAAUUUA